AUGCACUGGCUGUGCUUCGCGAACGAAGAUAUGUGGAGGGCCACACUCACGUUUGCUGCAGACGUGCUAAUGGCUAAGAAGGUCAAUGUGGGACAGACAAGACGUCACUGUAUUCUUCUUGGAUCUCUUCUUUAUGGAAGCCGGCGGCCAAUUGGCCACAGAGCACAAUCUCAGGAAGGUGACGAUCCUCCAUCCUGGUAA